CAGCAGCAGACCUUGACACAGGCUUGGAAACGCUUUAGUACCAGGAGGAACGUCACUAACAGCCGGGACCAAGCAGCAGGACCGGAGCUCCUCGAGCAGAGACAGACGGAGGACUCUGUUACAGAGCUCCGAGACGGAGGAGGAGAGCUGACUUCAUUUUAGGCUGAACUCAUGAGGACAGCAGGCCUCAGGGCUGAUGUUGUCCAGCUGUUCUUCAUGUUAGAGCUCCAUCCUCCCAGAUCUCAGUGACGUGGUUUCUUAGGGCCGAGGAACCUUUGAACCUGGAGGAUCAAAUGUCUCCAAGAAGGAACCCUCUGAGCUCUGCAGCAUUCCUGAUCAUCCUGAUCAAAGUCCACAGCACUCUCAGCCUCACAUGUCAUCCAGCAGAGUAUCUGAUAGGCAAUGAGUGCUGUCCCAGGUGUUCUGCAGGGAGUCGAGUGAAGACUCACUGUAAUGAGUACAGGAGUACUUCCUGUCUGCCCUGCAUGGAUGGAACCUACACUGAUAGACCUAACGGACUGGAACAGUGUACUCCCUGUACGAGCUGUGCAGCAGGUUCUGGUCUGAAGGUAAAGAGGUCAUGUACAGGAACAUCAGACACAGUCUGUGAACCCCUGCAGGGAUUCUACUGUAUCUACUCUGUAGGAGACGACUGUGAGACAGCACAGAGACACAGCAGCUGUGGACCAGGACAGUACAUCAGCAAUCAUGGAACAGCCUCCACAGACACCGAGUGCUCCGACUGCAGAGCUGGAACCUUUUCAGAUGGAACAUCUCCAUCCUGUCAGCCACACACACAAUGUGAAGAUCUAAACCUUCAGGAGAUAACAGCAGGAACAUCUGCAGCUGAUGCUCAGUGUGGACCACGCAGUGAUAGAUCAAGACUAGCUGUUAUUAUCCCUGUGGGUUUGGUUUUAUUUGUUGCAGCAGGAGUGUCAUUUUACUUCAUAAAGAAGAGGAAGUCUUCAUCCAGAAACACACACAGAGGAAGCCGUGGUGUACACCCAGCACCAGAGUAUCACACAGAUGAGUGGGAGCUGGAUGAGUCUGCUGAUGGGAAAGAACGGGAUCAGAGAUUGAGGGAGAUCGAAUGUGAAACCUUUGUGAAGUGUGAAGGAACAUCAUGCAAAAGAAGAGGAACAACAGCUUCCACAAAAUUACCAUCUGGACAGAUUUCAGAUCUGAAGGUGACUUUGAUGUAAAACAAGAUGAGCUGUAAACUGAACCAGAGGAGGUGGAGCCAGGCUGGACAUUUUAUUCUUCUCAUAUUUUCCUGCAUGAUUUUGUGUAAACUGAUUCCU